UAAGGUAUAAGUGCAUCUAUUUUGCAUAAAUACUAACUUUAAAUGCUUAAAUAAAGGAUUAAAGUGUUAAAGACGACAAUUUGAAAUGACAGGCAAAAUGCUACCAUUGUUCAUCAUUCUGAGCUAUUUGCAGUUGGGUUCAGAAGCGGGAUCUUGUUACAAAUACAUCCAAGGAUCUCGAAGAACCUGUAGCGGGUGGUGGUGGGGACAUGGCUGUAAAACAAAUUAUUACCAUCAAAAAGUUUGCUGUCAUAAUUACAACGGAAACGCAUGCUCAAAUCCAAAAUGCAAAAAUGGAUACGGUGCACACACAUGCAAUGUCAACAACGAGGGCUAUGUUAAAUACAAAAGUGGUAAUGUGGUCAGAAACAGUGGCGGGGAAUGCUAUGCACCAUUCAAAUGCAGAAACUGCAACAAAGGAUAUUACCCUGUUAGCUCCAACGGUGGAUAUUGCCAAAGGUAG